AUGGGCUGGCUGCAGGGCCUGCUGCGGGCCCGGAACCUGCUGCUGGUCGUCUGUGUGCCGCUGCUGCUGCUGCCGCUGCCCGUCCUGCACCCCAGCAGCGAGGCUGCGUGUGCUUACGUGCUGAUCGUGACCGCUGUGUACUGGGUGUCCGAGGCCGUGCCGCUAGGAGCUGCAGCCCUAGUGCCUGCCUUCCUCUACCCGUUCUUUGGAGUCCUCCGGUCCAGCGAGGUGGCGGCAGAGUACUUCAAGAACACCACGCUGCUGCUGGUGGGCGUCAUCUGCGUGGCGGCGGCCGUGGAGAAGUGGAACCUGCACAAGCGCAUUGCUCUGCGCAUGGUCCUGAUGGCCGGAGCCAAGCCGGGCAUGCUGCUGCUCUGCUUCAUGUGCUGCACCACGCUGCUGUCCAUGUGGCUGUCCAACACCUCCACCACCGCCAUGGUGAUGCCCAUCGUGGACGCCGUGCUGCAGGAGCUGGUCAGUGCUGAGGAGGAGCAGCUGGCGGCAGGCAACGGCAGCGCCGAAGAGGCCGAGCCCAUCAGUCUUGAGGUGAACAACAGCCAACCUUCGCUGGAACUCAUCUUUGUCAAUGAAGACUCGUCGACGACAGACUUCGCUUCUCUGAUGCACCAUAAGAACGUGAACGGAGUGCCCACAGUGACCAACACCACCAAAACAGCCACCCCGCACCGGAGCCAGCGGCAGCCCGCAGCCCAGGGAAAGCCCCCGGCCCGGGCCUCCAACACCAGGAACCAGGAGCUGAGCCGGAAGUACAGGUCCCAGCAUGACCAAAUGGUCUGCAAGUGCCUCUCCCUGAGCGUCUCCUACGCGGCGACCAUCGGCGGCCUCACCACCAUCAUCGGCACCUCCACCAGCCUCAUCUUCCUGGAGCACUUCAACAACCAGUACCCGGCCGCAUACGUGGUGAACUUCGGCACCUGGUUCCUCUUCAGCUUCCCGAUAUCCCUCAUCAUGUUGGUGGUCAGCUGGUUCUGGAUGCACUGGCUGUUCCUGGGCUGCAAUUUUAAAGAGACCUGCUCUCUGAGCAAGAAGAAAAAGACCAAAAGAGAAGAGCUGUCGGAGAAGAGGAUCCAAGAGGAAUAUGAAAAGCUGGGAGACAUCAGCUACCCUGAAAUGGUGACUGGAUUCUUCUUCAUCCUGAUGACCGUGCUGUGGUUUACACGGGAGCCCGGCUUCGUCCCCGGCUGGGACUCUUUCUUUGAAAAGAAAGGCUACCGCACGGACGCCACGGUCUCUGUCUUCCUGGGCUUCCUCCUCUUCCUCAUCCCAGCGAAGAAGCCCUGCUUUGGGAGAAAGAGUGAUGAGGACAAGGAGCCGCCCUCCGCAAAGACAGAGCCCAUCAUCACCUGGAAGGACUUCCAAAAGACCAUGCCCUGGGAGAUUGUCAUCCUGGUCGGGGGAGGCUACGCCCUGGCUUCGGGUAGCAAGAGCUCGGGCCUCUCCACCUGGAUAGGCCAGCAGAUGUUGUCCCUGAGCAGCCUCCCGCCCUGGGCUGUCACCCUGCUGGCCUGUAUCCUGGUGUCCAUUGUCACCGAGUUUGUGAGCAACCCGGCCACCAUUACCAUCUUCCUGCCCAUCCUGUGCAGCCUGUCCGAAACGCUGCACAUCAACCCGCUGUACACCCUGAUCCCGGUCACCAUGUGCAUCUCCUUCGCAGUGAUGCUGCCUGUGGGCAACCCCCCCAACGCCAUCGUCUACAGCUAUGGGCACUGCCAGAUCAAAGAUAUGGUGAAAGCUGGCCUGGGAGUCAACGUCAUUGGCCUGGUGAUAGUGAUGGUGGCCAUCAACACCUGGGGAGUUAGCCUCUUCCACUUGGACACUUUUCCAGCCUGGGCUAAAGUCGGUAACAUCACUGAUCAGGCCUAACACAGGUGGACAAACUGGCCAGAGCGAUGGAGCUGCGUGGGAAGAAAGCCUCUAGGAGCUCACGCCUGGGGGAACCCUCCCCUCACCACCAGAAGAUUCCUCGGGUGAUGGACAGGCCCCCUCCCACCUCCAGCACGCGGACACGUCCUCGGCACUGGCGUCUUCUCUCCUUCCCUCCCUAGGACCACAGCUCGAGAGAACCCAGUGUUCAAACUUCCCGAACCUCGUCUUUCCGAUCCCUUCUUUCUGAAAACAAGAAAAGCCUGUCCGCACUGCCCAUCAGAGACUAAGCUAAGUAGGCCUUGCACACUGACCAGGCCCUGGGUUUAAUGUCCUUGCUACCUUCUUAGGUAGCAAAACUUCCCACCCGGGCAGGGAGGGAGACCGGAGACAUCUCUUCGGGGAAAAGCUUGCCCCGAACUUGAGAUGUCUCAAGGGCUUCCCAUCCUACGAUCUCCCCAUGAAGAGGCCGCUCCUUGUAGGUCCUCUUUGUGGCCAUUAGUUCUCUCAUCAUUAGUCUGAUUCCCUUUAAGCACCUCUCUUCAAUGGCUCCCCUUUACCUGGGCACUGAAUUCUUGAGAAGAAAUAGCGUUCCCCUUCAGAAAGAGGCUGCUGGUGUCUCUGUCAAAGGAAAAGGAAGCCGAGAAAGAAGACACAUUGAGAUUAGCAUCUCUCGCCACCCAUCACUAACCCAACACUGCACGUGCUGGGAGGGAGGAGAUCAAAGCUAUGAUUAAAACCAUGGCACUGUCAGUGGCAGCAGCUUCGUUUGCUUCUGGGUUUGAUGAGUGGUUUAUCCCUGAGAAGAUAAGAGCGCUGGGUAUCACCCAAAGGUCCAAACACAUGAGUCGCCUCCUACGUGUCAGUGAACGCCGUGAGGGGAGGGAAGAUGUGUGUGUGUCACAUAGCAAGCUCUAACCGUUCAAUAAACAU